AUAAUCAAGAUUCUUUAAAAGAGUUAAAGCUUGUAUCUAUACAACAAUGCAUUCUUGCAAUGUGCAAAGUUUAGAGCCACAGAGGGUUUUCAAACAAGAUUAAGAAAAAAAUAGAAAGACACUGCAAGUUCCCUGUUUGCUAAUCAGGUCGCCUUCAAUGCAGAAAUGAAGUCAUUAACAAAUUGUUGGAUCACGGUUUCCGUCAUUUACUUAAUGCUUGCAUUGGUGUGGAAACAGUCAACAGUCAUGGCUUGCAACCUAUCAGAUGUUGACAUCAGAGUACAUCAAGAAAUGUUUACAUCGGCAAUGGAAGAUGGAAAUGUACAAUUCAUGUAUAUCAAUAUAAGCUCUCCUUCUUUUAGAAACUUGACUAUGAAUGAAACGGAAUGGAAUCCAAUCGUGGAAUGGAUCUGGGUCACUGAAGAAUACAAACAUAUUUUAUCAUAUCCUAUAGAUAUUGAUGUAUUUACAUUUGGGCUGUUGGCACAACAUUUUAAGGUUUUAAAACUUAAUGUGAACAUAGAAAAUAUUUCAGAUUGCAUCAAUCAUACAUUGUGGAAAAAAGUACAAGAAUACUUAUUUAAAGUUCACAAUGACUCAUCCGGUUAUUUUUGUCAUAGAUAUUUUAAAAAUCCGAUCUUGAAAGGAGCAUUAUUUCUCUUAUCUCACGUAACCAUUGGAUACGAGUUUCACUGCUUUCAAAUGAAAGACCAAACUUCUCCUAUCAAUGUUGAGAAAUCUGGGAUUAUUUACAUUACUAUAGCAAUAGUAUUUAUCAUUUUUUCUUUUUAUCCAAUGCUUUUGUCUCAAUCUACCUUUGAAAAAAAAGUAGACAGACAACUACAGAGUUUUACUAAAGCGGACUAUCCUUACACUCCUCGCCGAUUAUUACGAUACAUCAUUUUUCAUACAGGGAAGAAAUUCCAUACAGACAAUAUAUCAGAAAAGCGGAGAUUAUUAAUGAUGAACUAUUUCAGUGGUGUUCGCUUGUCUACUUUAAUAUUUAUUGUAACAGCUGGUGCAUUUGUUACAAAGGCGAUUUUGACAAAUAAUUGUGACGUUUGUAUGCCUCCAAAUGCCCAUUUAUAUAAAACAAUAUACAUAACGGACAUAUAUUAUUAUCAAAAUCUUUUGUCUAUUCCUUUUUUUAGUUGUUUUAGUUUCCUUUUUCUUACGGGGAUUAACAGUAGUAGUGUAAUAUCUUUAGUGUUGUUUGAAGAUAGGUUUCUUUUAAUAGAUUUCUUAUCUUGCAAUUUUUUGCGAUUAGUUCCGGUGUCGUGUUUUUUCAAACACCCAGUAAAAUGUGAGACUGUAUCAUUGCAAGUUGUAAAUAGACUUUAUCUCAUAUUUUCUCUGAAAUUUUGGUUUAAGAUUUAUUUGAUACCACUUGCAAAUGUGAAGAAUUCCAAGUGUCUCAUCCUUUUCAUCUUAUUCUUGUCUCCCAUUAAUUUUUUGUUCAAUGUAUUUUUGAUAAUUAUAUUUUCCGUGUUUCCAAUUCUCAAUCACCUAUACUUUUUCCUAUUUAAUGCAUAUAUAUCUUGUUUACAACAUUGCAACAAGGAUAUCAGCGACUCAGUUUUAUUUAAAAUAUUAUGUUUUAUAACGAGUUUUUUAUUUCUCUUUGUAUGUAUUUACAGUAAUGUAAUAUAUAUGGGGAUGAGUUGCCUCGUACAAUUCGGUAUCUACUUCAUUCUUGUAGCAAUACCACAUUUAUAUUCAACACAACUUCACGUUUUUCUAAUUAUUACUGCGGCUCUUUCUUACAUGAGCAAAUUUUUCCUAGAAUUUUUUCAAUUUUACCGUCUGCUGUUGGAGAAAGUUAUUGACCUUAGUGGUACAAAUGAAAUUCUUAUACAGGAUUUUUAUUUCAUUGUUAAACAGUGUUGUCCUGUUAAAUUGGAAUUAUUUUUCGUAUCCGCAAAAGUAUUGAUGACGUCAUUAUUAUUGGUAAUAAUGUAUCUGACACUUGUUGAAGUUCAUUUUCUCGAUGAUAAAGCUUCUUUUGAUCUAAAUGUAUUUCUAACCUUUGUUUUUAUACUUCUUACACCUGGACUAAUUGAGGUGUUGUUUUUUGAAAGCAAUACUGAUAAAGUUGAAAGCAUGCGUCUCGAUUUAGAAAUGCUUGUUGAACUUUUACAAGAUGAAAACCAUCUCGAACACACCGAACAAGAGCGGGAAGCCGAUCUUGAUAGAGCCAUGAUUAUUGACUUUUCCCAUCCAAAAACUUUUGAGUUUUGGUGCAAACUUCUAUGCAUCUGUUUUUGUGGAUGUUUGAGAAUUCCGGUUGACAAUAAUGGCCAAUGUGAUUAUUGUUGGUCUCUGGAGGAAGUAAAGACUGAUGAUGAUAAAGAAACUUACACCUUGAACUACUUUAACGUGUGUAAAAGACAACAAACUUCAAGAGAAAGUAACACUGAAGAAGUUUAGUAACCAAAAAAUGAAAGUGAGUCUGAAUUCAUUCGAAUACAUGUAAUAACUUACUAUCUUCUUCUCCCAAUCCCUCUGUUGCCUUACCGCCUGAAAUCAAAGACAACAACAAAAAUAGGAUUUGCUUCUUUUCCAUGCAAUUUGCAGGUCUUCCGGCUGAAACCUUUAGAUUUAAGGUCCCGUUUUACUGCUCAAUGACCAUGCAAGGUCUACAUAUAGCUUUUUUGAGUAUAUAGUCGAUUUAAUUUGUGAAAAAAAUCAUCAAAAGAGACAUAAAUCUGCAGUCAAUCAAUUUGCCAAAAAAAAAAAUUUAGACAGAAGCUAAAUCAAGAAAAAAUAAAGAGCAUGACAACUUCAUAUGACUUAAUGACUAUAUUUUAUAACUAGAUUGCCUAGAAAAGAGAUUUGACAUGUAACAAGUCACUCAAUCUUCCAAAAAUGGAGUUUAUAGAUUUCCAAAUGAAAAUUUUUCUCUAUAUGAGGAUGAUUUAAUUUUGGUUGUAACGCUGCAUUGAUUGGAUAAAAACUACUUUAUUUCGUAUCAAAUAGUUUUCCUACGUCACAAUGAAUUCCGUCAAAAACGUAUCAAUCCGCCAGACGUUACAUUCAAAUUUUGUACAUAUUGAAAUAAUUUUUAAGAACUAUCAUCAUUUUUUUUUUACACCAAAAUAAUAAAAAUUAAACUAUAAGGAAUGAAUUUGAUAGCUACCCAUUUUAUACGGUAUAAACUGAGUUGGAACAGUUUCCGCAGUUUCAUAAACUGCUAAGCAUAAACUGCCCCAACCCAGUUUACAGCGUAAAAAUAAGGUAGCUAUUAAAUUAAUUCCUUAAAUAAAUAAAUAAUACUUAUUUAUUCUAGCAAAUACUUUGCCAUUAGAGGUUACUGUGUAAAAGCAAGCUAAAUACUUUGAUCAAUUUUAAACCUGAACGUCAAAUAUUCCAAAGAAAAAGGAAGCUCAAAUCUCUUAAGAUAGUGCUUGCUAAUCCUUAUCGUUUAGAUGUUAAAUUUCCUUAUUUCCAGAUCACUUAGAAAGUGUUAUAUCGCCAGAGAGUUCAAAAUACCAUUAUUUAAAGGAACUAUCGAACAAUUUUACAUAAGUAUAAUUGAUUGAUUGUGUGUUGUUAAACGUCCCUCUCAAGAAUUUAUUAUUAUUUCAAAAUUGUUUCUAUGCGUAUACAGUUCAGAAAUGAGAAUUGUAGACAUUUGUUGAUUCUUCUCAGAAAAACAAUUUCAUUCAAUUCAAUAGUUUCAUUGUUCAUGUUGUUUAUUUGCAAUAUCAUAUCUGAGUAAGCUCCGCCCAUUUAAUUAUUAAACCCCGCCCUCUGGGACUGCUUGGACUUCCGGGACUGCUCUAUGUCAGGUUAGGUUUGGUCUGUACUGUAUAUGUUAUAAAAAACUACGUUAAUAACAAGAAAAACUAUUCCUCCUCGGCACUUUGCUAUAAGCUUCUUUCAAUUUCAUGCUUAUUAAGCAUACAUAAAACAAACAAACUUUUUUCAGAAAUCAGCAUUAUUUUUCAUAGAUUUACAUUUAAAUUGGUAACCCGAAUAAUGUUUACCAAGUAGAGUGGAAGAAUUAUAUAAGAUUUUGUCAUAAGGUUAAAAUAUUGUGCAAAAUUUUGUAUGGAAUUAUAUAGAAGGCAAAACAAAAUCUUAUAUCUAAGCACCAAGGAAAACCUACGAUUUCUUUAUAAAUCAAAGAUUUAUUAUUUAUGUCAUUUUAAAUCAAAAUCAGUCAAAAAAUAUAUAUCAACCCGUGUAUCCAUUUUUUGUUUGUGGUAAGUACCCUUAAUGUAAUAUUUAUUAUCAUGAAACAUUAAACUGACUAACUUAAGAUUCUAUGACAGGGGACCGGAUUUGAACAUUUAUUAAUUUUUCGUAAAAUUUACAUUUUUGAACUAUAUUCUUGAUUUCUUUUUAUAUAAUGUAUACUCAUGGAUACUGUACAUGUAGGAACAUUCAUUUAUAUAUUUUUUCUUUUAUUUAGCACUUGAUGUAAGAUUGGUUUUCUACACACAUUGUGUACUUCUAUUUGAUUUUAUUGAAUUACGCACGUGUUUUAUAAUAUAAUAUCCAAUUGUUUUUGCUAUAUAUGAUAUAAUUACAUGCAUGUACAAAGAAAUUCUUAAAUUGGUGUAUUGACGACAGUGAAAAUCUGUGCUGAUGUAUUUUAUUUUUGCUUUAUAUAAUAAAUGUAUCUUCUAAUAAAAAGUU